GCCUCCUGGGACACCUUUCUCAUGCUAUGGAAUUUGAAGCCACAAGCCAGAGCUUACAGAUAUGUGGGUCACAAGGAUGUUGUAACCAGCGUGCAGUUUUCUCCACAUGGAAACUUAUUGGCAUCUGCCUCACGAGACAGAACUGUUAGACUCUGGAUUCCUGAUAAGAGAGGGAAAUCCUCAGAAUUCAAAGCUCACACAGCUCCAGUUCGAAGUGUAGACUUUUCAGCAGAUGGCCAGCUUCUGGUUACAGCUUCUGAAGACAAAUCCAUCAAAGUAUGGAACAUGUACCGCCAGCGCUUCUUGUAUUCCUUAUACCGACACACACACUGGGUCCGCUGUGCCAAAUUUUCACCUGAUGGACGACUAAUUGUGUCAUGUAGUGAGGAUAAAACUGUUAAAAUUUGGGAUACCACAAAUAAGCAGUGUGUUAAUAACUUCUCAGACUCCGUAGGGUUUGCAAAUCAUGUGGGCUUCAACCCUAACGGCACAUGCAUAGCUACAGCAGGAUCUGAUCAUACUGUGAAAAUCUGGGAUAUAAGAGUGAACAAAUUACUCCAGCAUUAUCAAGUUCACGGCGGUGGAGUUAAUUGCAUAUCAUUCCAUCCUUCGGGUAAUUAUCUCCUCACUGCCUCUUCAGAUGCCACACUUAAGAUUCUGGAUCUCUUAGAAGGAAGACUUAUAUACACGCUUCAAGGACAUACGGGACCUGUUUUUAGUGUUGAAUUUUCAAAAAGUGGAGAGCUGUUUUCAUCAGGAGGUGCAGAUACACAGGUCUUAUUAUGGAGGACUAACUUUGAUACAUUGCAUUAUAAAGAUCUUAACAAAAGAAAUCUCAAACGACUGCAUUUUGAUUCACCACCACACCUUCUGGAUAUCUAUCCAAGGACACCACAUCCUCAUGAGGGAAAAAUUGAGACUAUCGAAAUUAAUCCAAAGCUUGAGGUAAUUGAUUUGCAGAUUUCUUCUCCUCCUGUUGUAGACAUCUUUUCUUUUGAUUCUACCACAACAACAGAAACCACUGUUAGAACUCUGCCAGACAAGGAUGAAGAGAUCUGUGGACGCUUCUUCAACCCUUCCUUAAUGUCACCAGAAUGCUCACCAACAACUGUGAAAAAGAAAACAGAAGACGUGAGUGACCUGCCCUCUGAGAGUCAAAGAAGUGUUCCACUCGCUGUGACCGAUGCUUUGGAGCAUAUUAUGGAUCAGCUCCAUGUUUUGACACAGACUGUGUCAAUUUUGGAGCAGCGACUGACUCUGACAGAGGAUAAACUGAAAGACUGCCUUGAAAAUCAGCAAAAACUUUUCAGUGCUAUCCAACAGAAAAGUUGAUUGGGAAGGUGUGAGUAAGAAGCACAGGAACAGGGCCCAGGAAGGUAGCACAGGGUGCUCCACAAUCACCAUGCACAUUUUCUCUGAGGGCAGCGGCAGAACAAAAGUCGGGAAAGCCAUAAAGGACAAUUUCAACACGUGGAUCAACAUCAGUGAGUAAUUUAAAUCCUCAGUUACAACUACAGUAAUAAAGUGAUAAGCAUUCGAGUGUCUCUGCAUUUCCCUCCAUAUUAUUUUAAAUGUCAGUUUUCAUUUGUAGUCCGGACUCUGCCAGGAAAGUAACUAAAUCUCUGUAUUUCAUUUUUCAGUCAUUUCAGAUGUACCACACUCAGGCAGUUUCUUAAUUAAUGUAUUUCUUUAGUGAGUACACUCUUGGAAUAAAAUGAUUCACUUGCUUCUAAAACAGCAUCCUAAAUGUAGAGAAUGAGUUAUUGAUCUGACUCCCAUUUCUUUGAGCUCAAAAAAACAAAACAAAAAAAAAGUAUCCUCUUACUAAUGUUUUGAAAAGAUAAUCUAGUAAUUUCUAGGCCACAGGAUUUCCAUAGCAGAAAUACACUUAUUUUAAUUAGCUCCAAGCACAUGUACAGUAUAGGGUCAUGGGCUUUUAUUUAGCUUAUGUGUGAAUUGUCUCUCCAGUGGCCAAGAGGAAGGGAAAUGAAGAUUUAGAAGCACAUGUAGUGGGUGUGGCUUUGCUGUCACAGAUGAAUGCACAGAAUGAUUUGGGUCAUACUGAACUUGUGGUCACAGCCCACAAAGAUUAUCAGUGUGAUUUCAGCAUGCCAAAAAGCCAGAAUAGUGCAACAGCUAUAUUUAAAAAUAAGGGCCGGGGAUUUAGCUCAGUGGUUCCACCACCUGCCUCACAAGCUCAAGGUCCUGAGUUCGAUCUCCGAUACCAAAAAAAAAGAAAGACUAAAAAUAUACACACGUGUAUACACACACUUCAGGGAUAUUGUUGCAUGGAUGAUUUUGGCAGCUGCAUAAUAAAUGCUUUUCUAAAAAGAAAGACCCAAACAUAUUUGCAUCAUCAUCUAUCUUUUUAAUAAAUUGUGAUUUGAAACAAAAUGAAAAUGAGUCAGGCAUUUUAAAGAUCUUGGUUGCAAAUUAAGACUUUUAUUUUAUCUUAAACAAAAUUGAGACUAAAGUUUGAAAAGCAGGCAAGUUAAUUGUUGCUUGCUUUUCCAUUUACCUGUAACAAGAACAAAGGUGAGAGAAGGUAGACCAUAUUUAUAAUCUGUUGUCAAUGUGGAAAAUGUUAUAUUUUGGAAAAAUGAAAUUAUUUAUGUGGGAGUCUGUAUUUAGAAAUUUUUCUCAAAGCAAUUUCAGUUGUACCUAUGAGUUUUUUUAUCAUCACAU